UCGCGAUGGCAGGGUUGCUCUUUUAAGGCUCAGCGCGGGUGGCAGGGCGGUGGCACUCUCCAUGUCUCCUCUCCAUGGACAAGAGCGUGAUCAGGUUCAGCCACUGCGGCAGGGACAUCUACUGCUUCUCGAUCCCGGAGCAAUGCCCCGAGUGCGGCCUGGGGCUGGGCGGCAGGCGGCUGGAGGAGGCCCCGGUCAGCGUCCCCAACCCCUUCUCCAACGGACACAAGACCCCCUGCUCCUUCCUUGUAACCCCUACUGAGGGAUACUUGCAUGGGGAAUUUGACGGAGAAUCAGAACUACACACCGGAAUCACCGACACUGGUGGUGUGGUGUACAACUACACGAAGACAGGGGUUCGACGGGACAUCUGUGGAUGGGAGAAGUGCAUCAGCGUCCCCCUGGUUCAGCCCGACAUGUACAACCUCAUGAACCAGUGGGAUCGGUACCUGGACAAGUUCUCCUCGGCCCACACGUGGGACACACAGUGGCAAAGAUUUGACGAAGAAACACACAACUGUUACAGCUACACACUCAUGUUCAUAAACUGCGUGCUGGCGACCCAGGGCAAACGCUCGCUGACGAAGGAGGAAUUCACCAACAGCUUCGUUCUGCCCCGCAUAAAGAGGGCUUCCAAGUACAGCACCCUUUGCAAGGAGAUCUCCCAGAAGGGCUUCUACAUAGUGCACAGUCUCCAGAAGGAUCCGGAAGACUCUGCCUGAGACGGGGCCGGAACCCCAAGCAGGAGGACUGACGCCAGCUGUAGUAUGAAUGUAUCGACAAAGUAAUAUUAAUAUCACUUACGGGCUUCCAUCUGUACUAGCUGAACACCGAUGAGCUGCAAGACCUUACACACUGGAUUUUAUACGUCCUCUUUCAGUGUCUGUGCUUCCAAUCAGAGCAGCUUGUAGAGAACUUUUUUUACACGUAAAACUCGCAAACACUGCAAAAACAAUAAAAAAGUUAGUGAUCACAGACUAAACAAAUCAAUCAGCAC